GAAUAGAAAGGUAAAGAAUGGAAUGAGGAAAAUUCAAUCGGAUACAAUUCUACUUUGACGUCCGCUAGGAGAACAACACACUCUCUCUCUACUUUCUCUCUCUAAACUUACAGCGAAGAACAGGAAUUUCCUCUCAUAUCUCCAGAAAGAGAAAGAUUGAAGACAACCUGUCACUGAAGAAGGUUGAAGCUCUAUCAAAAAAAGCCCUAGAAGUCUGCACACGGAAGACUACCUAUUAUGUUUGUCUAUGAAAUAAGGAGAAUAGAAGAAAAGUGAACAGUAGACAAGUGUGUCCUGGAGCAAAAUUUACAUCGCCACUGAAUUCGUUACUCUGAGAUCAAUGAGAGAGCUCACUGAAGAUUGGUACUUUCUAACUGCUAAGACAACACUAGGAUGUUCAAGGCUAAACCUUAUCUUGGAAUUUUCAGUAAUAGACUCCUGUUUGUUAACAUUCAACAAUAUAAGCCAGUUGUCAAGAUUUUCCACUCCUUUUGGUGCACAAAAAGGACUGAGGAGUGCGAACAAACUGCCAAUUGCUUGAUGGUUUGAAUGAUACCUUACAUGCUUACUUGUCUGAUAGCUCUCUCAGUGUGUUAGAUCCUUAGGCUCAAAAAAUUUUGUGAGUUGAUGUCGUUUUAGGUUGUACCUGUUAUUUAGAAAAGUUUUGACAGUUUUUUCUUUUGGAAGAUGGUACCUCCAGGGCCACCCACUCCACUUGCUGGUGCGCAAUCUGUUCCAUCUUCCUUGUUGCGGUCAAAUUCGGGUUUAUUGGGUGGUCAAGGGGGCUCUAUGCCUUCUCAAUCUGGCUUUCCUUCCCUUGUUUCACCACGCACUCAGUUUAAUAACAUGAACAUGCUUGGAAAUGUGCCAAAUGUAUCUUCCCUCCUUCAUCAAUCUUAUGGUAAUGGAGGGCCAAGUUCAGGGAUGUCCAGCUCCGGGAAUACCCUCAGGGGUAUAAUUGACAAUGGAGCCGACAAUGAUAUUUUGUCCAACAUAGGAAACGGGAUGGCUUUCAACGCCCCUUCUUCAUCUCUUGGUCCAUCAAAUAUGAUACACUCAAAUGCACCAGGUCAAGGUCAAGUCCCUGGUCAACAUUUUCCAAAUUCAUCCGGGAACCAGAUCUUGCCAGAUCAGCAACAGGGCCAACAGCGUGAUCCUUCAAACAUGCGACAGACUCAGCAGUCUUUGCAGCAGUAUGGUGUCCCCAACAAUAACCAUCAACAGCAGCAGUAUCAAACAAGCCAAGGCGGUUUAGGUGGUGUUGGACAGGUGAAAAUGGAGCCACAGGUGGCAAAUGACCAACACGGGCAAAACCCUCAACAGAUGCAAGCCUUGAGAAACCUUGGUCCGGUUAAAAUGGAAUCACAGGUUCAGACCAUGAGAAACUUACCACCUGUAAAAAUGGAGCCCCAACACUCUGACCAGUCAUUGUUUCUGCAUCAACAGCAACAGCAGCAACAACAGCAGCAGCAGCAACAACAACAGCAGCAACAACAGCAACAGCUGCUUCACAUGUCCAGGCAAUCUCCUCAGGCUUCUGCUGCACAAAUGAAUAUGUUGCAGCAACAAAGAUACUUGCAGCUACAACAUCAACAACAACAGCAGCUUUUAAAGAGUAUUCCUCAGCAACGCUCCUCAAUUCAACCACAGUUUCAACAACAAAAUUUAGCAAUGAGGUCAGCUGCAAAACCUGUGUAUGAACCAGGAAUGUGUGCAAGGCGGCUGACUCACUACAUGUAUCAGCAACAACAUAGGCCUGAAGACAACAACAUUGAGUUUUGGAGAAAAUUUGUUGCUGAAUACUUUGCACCUAAUGCUCGGAAGAAAUGGUGUGUUUCUUUGUACGGAAAUGGACGUCAUACUACUGGAGUUUUUCCUCAGGAUGUAUGGCACUGUGAGAUAUGCAAUAAGAAACCAGGGCGUGGCUUUGAGGCUACUGUGGAAGUUCUUCCCAGGCUUUUCAAAAUAAAGUAUGAAAGUGGGACACUGGAGGAGCUUCUUUAUGUUGAUAUGCCUCGAGAGUAUCAGAAUUCUUCGGGUCAAAUUGUCCUGGACUAUGCAAAAGCCAUACAAGAAAGUGUUUUUGAGCAACUGCGGGUUGUCCGUGAUGGUCAACUACGGAUUGUCUUCUCUGCAGAUUUGAAGAUAUGUUCUUGGGAAUUCUGUGCUCGGCGCCAUGAAGAGCUUAUUCCUAGGAGAUUGCUGAUACCACAGGUUAGUCAACUUGGUAAUGCAGCUCAGAAAUACCAGGCUUCAACUCAAAGUGCUUCAUCAAGUUUAUCUGUACCAGAAUUGCAGAACAAUUGUAAUAUGUUUGUUGCUUCGGCUCGUCAAUUGGCGAAAGCAUUGGAAGUUCCAUUAGUUAAUGAUUUAGGGUAUACAAAGAGAUACGUCCGAUGCCUUCAGAUAUCAGAAGUGGUGAAUAGCAUGAAGGAUUUGAUUGAUUACAGCCGAGAAACUAGGACUGGGCCUAUGGAGAGCUUAGCGAAAUUUCCUAGAAGGACAUCUUCAACAAGUUCGUUUCACAAUCAAUCCCAACAACCGGAAGAACAACAAAAGCAACAAAUGCAUCAACAGCAGCAGCUUCAAACAACAUCAAACAACGAAACAUCUGCUAUGCAUAUCACAUCCACUAAUGGCAUGCCAAGUGUAAAUAACUCUAACUCGGCACCCCCAACUCCUUCCAACAGCACCAUUGCCGGCCUCCUCCAUCAGAACUCCAUGAACUCCCGCCACCAAAAUCCAUACGCCGCCGCCGGCGGAAUCCAGAUUCCCUCCCCUGGAUCCUCCAGUACAGUACCACCGCCACCUAACCCUAACCCUAACCCUUCUCCUUCCCCUUUCCAGUCUCCAACAGCAUCCCUUUCUAACAGCGCAAUGGCGGUGUCGGUCCCUGAUGCCGAUGCCAAUGACUCGCAAAGCUCGGUCCAGAAAAUAAUACAGGAAAUGAUGAUGUCAUCACAACUGGGUGGUGGUAAUGAUUCCGGUCUUGUCGGGAAUGGGAAUGGGAAUGGGAAUGGGAAUGUGAACAGCAUCAUUACGAGCGGUGGAAUUGGGGGGAUGGGUGGUCAUCAAGCGGGUAUGAUGAACGGAAUGCGAGCUGCCAUGGGAGGUCAUAAUUCUUUGAGUAUGAACGGAAGGGUAGCAAUGUCAAUGGCAGCUAGAGACCAGAUGAUGAACCAUCAACAUCAGCAGCAUCAGCAUCAGCAUCAGCAUCAGCAUCAACAUCAACAACAUCAACAUCAACAGCAUCAGCAGCAACAGGAUCUGGGGAGCCAAUUGCUUAACGGUCUUGGAGCUGUGAAUGGGUUCAAUAAUUUACCUUUUGACUGGAAACCAUCUCCAUAAAAAGGCAACAUUGUUCAAACUAUUCUAUAAAAUGCAGUGGGAGAUUUUUAAAUGAAAAAAGGUACACUGGCAUAGUGGCAUGCAUGAUGAUGAUGAUGAUGAUGGUGGUGGAGGAUGGUCAUGGGGGUGGGAUACAAUAUAUAUUAUAUAUAUAUUUAGGGACUGGACAAAAAGAAAUGAAAGGAAAGAAAGUAAAGUAAGUUGGUGUCCUGCAUUGUACUACUAAUUCCAGAGAUGAAAGGAAAGAUAUAGCAUGAUGGGAGUCGGUUCUAUUUUUCAUUUUGCUUUUUUUGUUUCUGGUUUAUGAUUUUUGUUUUUUUUUUCUUCUUUGCAUGGGAAUGGUUUUUUUUUUCUUAAAAUGUUGGUUGAUUUUGUUGGGACUUGGGAUACCUUUUAAUGAUUGGAAGUGGGGUAUGGCGCCCCUAAAGUAAUGUUGUUGACAAGGAAAAAGGGAAGUAUCAGCAGGUGGGGGAUGUUCUGCCCGAUACACUCUUUGUAGUAGUAUGAUGUCUGAGUGCUAUAUCUCUUUCUCCACUAGAAGUGAGUGUAUAUAUUCUAUGGAAUGUUGGAGCAGUUUAAUCUAGAAUUUAGUAUUUUUCUUC